CAGCAGCGAGUCAGAGAACCGAGCCUGCCUCUAUGUCAGGGCCACUUACCUGCAAGGUGCGCAACGAAGAUGAUGACCAUGAACGGCAAGCAGCAUUACUCUAUGCACCCGGUGCUGCAGGAGCCCAAAUACUCUGGCCUGCACGCGAGUUCGGAAGGCAUGCGCAGGGUGUGUCUGCCUGCCCCGCAGCUUCAGGGCAAUAUAUUCGGUUGCUUUGAUGAGAGUCCACUGGCACGCGCGGAAGCUCUGGCGGCUGCUGACAUUGUCUCUCACGGCAAGAGUCACCCUUUCAAGCCUGACGUGACUUACCAUACCAUGAGUAGUGUCCCCUGCACCUCCAACUCCUCUACGGUGCCUAUCACCCACUCCUCCACCCUGACCCCUCACCACCACCACCACCACCACCUCAACCAGAGCUUGGAGGGGGAUCUCCUGGAUCACAUCUCGUCCAGUCUCUCUGUGAGCGGGAUGGGGGCUCCGGAUUCCUCUAUGAUGGCCACGCAAGCCCACCAGCACCACCUCCAGACCAUGGGUCACCUUCACCAAGCUAUGGCCAUGGGUCAUCCGCACUCCUUGUCUGUGCACAACGGAAUGUCGUGUGUCAACGACGUGGAGUCGGAUCCGAGGGAGCUGGAAGCCUUCGCGGAGCGGUUCAAACAAAGGAGGAUAAAGCUCGGGGUGACCCAGGCGGACGUUGGCUCAGCUCUCGCCAACCUGAAGAUACCUGGGGUGGGCUCUCUCAGCCAGAGCACUAUCUGCAGGUUCGAGUCCCUCACCCUCUCUCACAAUAAUAUGAUUGCGCUAAAACCUGUACUCCAAGCCUGGCUCGAGGAGGCUGAGGCUGCUUACCGGGAGAAAAACAGCAAGCCAGACCUUUUCAAUGGCAACGAACGCAAACGAAAACGCACGUCGAUAGCCGCACCUGAGAAACGAUCUUUGGAGGCAUAUUUUGCUAUCCAGCCCCGUCCCUCUUCGGAAAAAAUUGCUGCAAUUGCUGAAAAACUGGACCUUAAAAAGAACGUGGUUCGUGUGUGGUUUUGCAACCAACGGCAAAAACAGAAAAGGAUGAAAUAUUCUGCUGUGCAUUAGUUCACAUAAUGCCUAAAAUACGAGAUUUUGAAGAGAGAACGGCGAUCUAUCAACAUCUCAUGUCCGACUGGAAUUUACUACUGAGACUCUAUAGGAUUUAUUUAAAUUGAAAUUAUUUCGUUCACUUUUUUUGUCCUGUUGUUUAGUUUGGAAUUAAACGUAUCGUGCUAAAGAUCUCUUGGAGGAAAUUUGUUGUUGAUUUUAUGACUGCCUAUGACAACUCUUCAAUUACAGAACUAAACUAUAGGGCCUAACAAAUAGAGGGAGAAAAUGACUUCUCUCUCAUGUGAUAUGUCCUGUUGAAUGCUCAUAAAACCUGUUAGUUGUUUGGACAAUUGAAUCAAUGAAUUACACCAACCAUUUUCACGUUUAAGAUUCAUAUUUAAGAUGGAAUGAAUGUGUGUUCACUGCAUAGGGGUAACACAACCACCCAACAAAAUAUGUAAAUAAAUGUGCUCUCUUUGUGAACUAACUGAACUUUAUUCACCGUUGUGUGUAAACGAGGCAAAUACUAUUCACAAUAUUUAUGACACAACACGAGUUGAGUUUUUUUAAUAGGCUAAUUUUAAAUAAGGCAUGUCAUACCGGCAUUUGAAGGCUGUUAUUUUGUCAUGGCCUAUUUUGAUGUGAAAAAUGUAAAACAGUUUGGAGUAUCACUGAAAUACUAUGAGUAUUUUUCUUCACUCUUGGAUUU